CCAUUUUGGCGGAACUUUAGUGAAAAAUAUUCGUGUCAGUAAGGUCUUUGGAUUGUCAUUUGAUGCACAAAUUGAACAUACAAGGCUUAGUGUCUAUUACCGAUACCGAGGUUGAGAUAAAGUUCAGCGCACUAUAGCAAUGACAACAUCAGACAACAUGACAACCAUUUCGGCUGCUCCCAGGCCCACCGUGCUCAAGCCUACACCUGAAGGAUCAGGAUUGGAUGCCAGGACCUGGGCAGUCAUUGGCAUUGGAAUCCCGACUGUUUUGAUAGCUUUGUUCGCCCUAAUUCUGGGAUUGUUGAAAUAUUUGAAUGGUGAUAAUGUCAUCGGUAGACGUCGACAGCGGAGCACAACAGGUCGUCGGCGUCACUCACGGAGCCAGGAAGAGGACAGUGAACAAGGGAUACCACGUAAUACAAGCAUGCCUACUGCUCCGGCAGGAGAGACGAACGCUACUCGGUCAAAGUCAGAGCAAAGACGAGCUAAGCAAACUGCUGCAAGUAGGUGUAGGAAGGCUUUAAAAGAAAUAUACACUAGCACGGGUAGCUACGUGCAGAUGCUUCCAUGGGUCGAUGACGACAAAAAGCAUAUUAUGGACAUCUACACAAAGUUACAAUUAGAAAAGGGCGAUACUGAUUUAAAGGGAAAGGUAAAAUCGUAUUGGGAUAUUUUCAAACUGAAAUCAAAAGAGGGUCAUCCAAUCAUACGGGCAAUUUUAAGAGGAUGGGCUGGUCUAGGGAAAACGACUCUUAUUGACAAAAUUGCUUACGAUUGGGCUUGUGGCUCUGUUGCUGCACUGAAAAAGUACAAACUUGUUUUUGUAUUGAAAAUGCAUUCCCUGCAACAAAAGUCGGAUGUGAUCGACGCAUUGUUUGAUCAGUUAUUAGAUAAGAAGACCAUAAAUAGAGAGGAUUUGAAAUCCUUCAUUACAGCCAACCCUGAGGACGUGCUGUUCCUGUUGGACGGAUUUGAUGAAUUCAUGUCGACCGAACUUGAUGUGACGGAGUUCAGUUCGAUUCUUAAAAUGCUUAAUCGAAAGGGAGAGUACAAAAAAUGCAGUGUACUUGUGACAACCCGCCCCUCACACUAUGACAAACUGGUAAAGAAGACUUUGAUUCAGAAACCGUUUGCUGUUGUGAAUGUUUUGGGAUUUAGUAAGCACGAUAUUGAGGAAUAUGUACACAAAUUUUACUCAGAAGAACCAUCCAAAGCUGACGGACUUCUUCAGAGGAUAAAAUCCUCAGUUCUAACUGAUUUGGCGUCAAGUCCCAUGAUGUUGUUAUUGAUGUGUUUGUUAUGGAGAGAGAGUGCAACACUCCCUGACACAAUGUUCCGUCUUUAUGAUAAGGCACUGUUUUACAUAUUUAAACGUAAGGGCAUUACGUCAACAGAAGAAAUAUCAAGGCUUGUUAUUGCAAUUGGAAAGGUUGCUUUGGGCGGUCUUCUUUCAUCUGAUCAAAAGCUAACAUUUCAAGAGGAAGAUUUUGAUCCGGAUGUACUUGAUUUGGCCAUACGAUCUGGCAUCCUCACCAGUCAGAGAGUCUUUAAGGAUAUCGACACUUGUAAACGUGUUCAUUUCAUCCAUAAGACUUUUCAAGAAUUUUGCGCUGCGAAAUGCUACCAAAGUUUAACAUCGGAAGGCGAAACACAACCAUUUCAAACGUUCUUCCUUCAACUGUCUGAAACAGCAGGGUUUGAAUAUCUACUGCGCUUUUGCUGCGGUGACAAUGAAGGGCCACGUACAAAUUCAAUUUUGAAUAUUUUAUCACAUAAAGUCAAACGGGCAGGAGCUCUAGAUGAUAAACACUUACAAUUAGCCCUGCACUGUUACUUUGAAAGUCAGAGCCAGACAUUGCCACCGUUGGAGUUAAUACACCACGUUAUUGUUCCAACACUCUGUGUUGAAAUUGAAAGCCGUGAUGAAUUGACAUCGUUGAUGUACUUCCUACACAACGUUACAGACCAAACACAAGAUGGGGGGAAUGCUUACCUUAACAACAUACAAUCACUGAGGACAUCACCCGUCGCCUUUGGAACGUUAGGUGCAGAAUUUGUGAAUUAUAUGACUAGAAUGGCAAAUCUUCGUGAUUUUCAUAUAAGUGCGGAGCAUCGGCUAUCGUUUUUUUCUUACAACUGUAUACCUUUACUUAACUCUUGCCUGAAAGAAAUGACGUCGCUUCAGUCCGUGACCUUGUUGAGCUGCCGUCUAAUGCCGUAUUACAUGGAACUCGUUGUGGGGGGAUUGAGUAGUAUGCCCAACCUUGUUGAAUUGGAUCUGUCUGGCAAUACCCUGCUUGCUGGAUCACGUCGGUCGUGGUCGUACUUAACGGAAAUUAAAACCCUCAACAAACUUGUCUUGCGUGUCUGCAAUUUGUCAAGGAAUGACAUACAGCACAUUGCCGUGGCACUGAGCAAUAUGCCCAACCUUGAAGAGUUGGAUUUGUCUAAGAAUGAGACCCUUGCUGGAUCAGGUCGGUCAUGGUCUCACCUAAAGAAAAUCAAAACCCUCAAAAAACUGGUCUUGAAUGACUGCAGUUUGUCAAUGAAGGACAUAAAGCACAUUGCCGUGGCAGUGAGAAAUAUGCCCAACCUUGAGGGGUUGGAUUUGUUUCGCAAUACAUGUAUACCCUUGCUGGAUCCGGUAGGUCAUUGUCUUACCUAAAGGAAAUCAAAACUCUCAAAAAACUGGUCUUGAAUGACUGCAGUUUGUCAGGGAAGGACAUACAGCACAUUGCCGUGGCAGUUAGCAAUAUGCCCAACCUUGAAGUAUUGGAUUUGUCUUUCAAUAUCCUAACUGGAUCAGGUCAGUCAUUGUGUCACCUAAAGGACAUCAAAACUCCCAAAAACUGGGCUUGAGUUUCCGCGAUUUGUCAAGGGAGGACAUACAGCAAAUUGUCGCGGCACGAUGACGUCAUCUGCAGGAUUGGUAUUGGCAGUUAAUGUUAGAAAAUGACUUCCUCGACGAGACAUUUUACGUGCAUAGUUUUCGUACAAUAGCGGAAUUUUUCAUAAUUGUAUCCAGUACCGAGUCGAUCUCAAAGUACUUCAAAUACAUCGUGCAUAUAACAAAAUAGGGCGAGAUUGUCUGAUUAAGACAAAUAAGUCCAUUGAGACCAGAAGAGCAUGACUUUAAGUUCGUGGAUGAAAAUCAUUUCCCUCACGAGAAAUUUCAUGAAAAAAAGGGUUGUUGUCCGGCACGUUUUGUCAUCGAUGCCGAGGAAGUUUGCCCGUUCAAGUUUGGCAAGUUUAUCAUGCCGACAUCACAAAUACUAUGAGUAGUCUGAAGAUUUACGUGUGCAGAGCCAGAGUACGAACGCCGGAUAUAGUAUCCGCGCAUGUAAAUGUUAUGCGAAGCAUCGCGGCAGCCAAUCGGAAUCGACUUUAGAAAUUGUAUUGUCAUUUCAGCCUCAGCUGUUGAUUGGUAAAUAAUUGGCUGCCAUAUUUUUGUAGUACAACAACGGGUUACCGAAGACCUGAUAGGAAGGCGCCCGCUGAACGAUCAGAAUCUGAAGGUCAACUCAAUACAAUUACAAGACGCAGUCUCGUUUUGCAUAAUUAAUCGUCGAAUCUGCACGAAUAUCAUAUGGACGCUAUUGUGCACGCGGCUAUUUCAUAGACUACCCAUAGCUGUCCUGCCAAUUUUGUCAACCUUUAUUAGAAUACGACAACCGUUAAAAUCGAAAGAUUCCGUGUGUAAUAAUGACAUAUGUACGCUUCAAUUUUCUUCCACUUAUUUUUCCUUCUUAAUUUUUCGGACCCCUUGUUAAACGACCAGUCCUUUGUUAGGUGAUGUGGAUUGCUUUCCGCAGAGCAAAUUCUCUCUCAAACAUUUUGUUCAUCUCACCUUUACCACGUACAGAAAACAACCGUAGCAUCUAUUCAAGUUAAUAAAAUGGGUGAUUUACAUACAAUUUCAAGGAGGAAUGGCCGAACGGUGUGAACUUUCAAGAAAUCACAUGUUUUGAAAGAUUUUAGUUGCAAGGAAUUGAAAUCCUCAAAUAAUCCCAAAGAAUAAGAUUGAAAAUCUGAGCUUGGGGCCAAAGCGUUCGACCUUCAUUGUGACUUUGACUUCGGGGGGGGGGGAGGUUUGCAUUGUCAAAAAAGUAUGGCUGCACAGAUCUGUCAAGAAAUAAUGGAAAAACAAUCUGCCUAAACAAAAUGGGAGUGGGAGCCUCGUGGCCCUUAUUCCCACCUGGGGCGGGGCACACGUACUCGAAGCGUGACGUCAUUUAUGUCUCGGGGCUUUUGGAAGAUGAACAGCCCACAAGCAAAACCACACC